AUGCAGCAAAGAAGAUGGUUUCUUAGGGUCUUACUUUGGCGCCAAGGUAUUAAAGAAACUCCCAAUGGAUCUUUCUACAAGGUUAAGUACAAGAAUCUUAUCACGGAGGAAGACGAACCUGAGCCGUUGAUCGAAAUCAUCUCCGCCGAUGAACUCCGUCCGAUGCCUCCCAAAUCUCUCCCCGUGUUGUUUCUCCUCCAUGACAAGGUCGAUGCUUUCGACAACGACGGUUGGUGGAUCGGAAAGAUCACCGGUCGGAGAGGGAAUUUGUACUCUGUUUACUUUGAGACGACCAACGAGGUUUUAGAGUAUCCGCUUUGCCGCCUGAGAAGGCAUCUCGAUUGGGUUAACGGAGACUGGGUUUCUUCGGCAACAAGGCAACAGUGA